AUGGUGCAAAUCGUGGAGUGGUUGAAGGAGUGGAAACGGAGUUCUGAUACACCAUUUCUUCUCUCUGCUUCUGUUAUCCUAUCUUCUUCUUCCUCCGUUUCCUCUUCGCUCCUCAACACCUACAAUCUCUCCUUCCUCUUUUGUAUAGUUUCUAUUGCUAAUAUGAAUAUGCAAUAUAAAAUGGACACGAAUGAAAGUCGAUUAAAUGAGUCCAUAUAUGAUUAUCUUUGUAUGAAGGGUUACUCAAAGACUGCCGAGUUGCUCAUUAAAGAAUCGAAUCUUCAAAGUCGACUGAAUUCACCUUCGAACUACAACGAUCUGCUAUUACAGGCUUGGAAUUACUAUUUUCAGUCGUUCAUACAUCCUACACCUGCACAUCAUAAUCAUCAACAAACUCCACAGCAACCACAGCAACAGCAACAACAGAAUGAACAACAACUUAUUCAAAAUCACAGUCUAAAUCACAGCGGACACAACCAUCAACAACAACAACUUGUACAGCAACAACCACCACCACCACAACAACAACACGAUAAUAUCCAACUAUCAACAAAUAACAAUAGUAAUAAUAUUUCACAACAUUCAUCAUCAAACAAUAUUUAUUUACCAUCAUUACCCAAUUUGAAUCCGUCAACUACACCAACAGCAACAACAACAACUACAACAACAUCAACUAAUAAUAAUAAUAAUAAUUCGAAUCCCAGCUCAACUUAUUCUUUUAAUCAACUUUUACACAAUGUAGGUGCUUCAUCGAUGAUACACAUCGAUUCUGGUCCUUUUUCAGCACAACUAAAACAACAGCAACAGCAACAACAACAACAGAAUGGAAAUGGUUUUAACCUUUUUAGUAAUGAUAAUAAACAUGGAGUUGACUUAUCACCGACAUCACUACUGGAACAGUUGGCGAAUAACAGUCCACCCAACAUGUCACAACUUAGCCUAAAUAAGACUCCCCUAUUCAAUGGCAAUGGCACUGGGGGUAGUCAGCCUUCUUCACCUUCGAUAUCAUCUCUACCAAAUGGACAUAGUCACUCUCAUAGUCAUAAUCAUAAUCAUAAUCAUAACCAUAAUCAUAAUCAUAACCAUAGUCACUCUCAUAAUCAUACACAUGGUCAAAGAGAAAUAUCAUCACCUCUAUCGCUGAAUGGUUUAUCUGCUUCUACCACCACCACCACAACAACUACCACUACCAACUCUACUGCAGCACCAUUACAAACUUCUUCACUUUUGUUACAAGGUGGUGAUGAUGAAAAGUAUCAAUGUACAUUCCAAGGAUGUAAUAAAUCUUUCUCAUCGAUGGCCAUAUUAAAGAGACAUCUUAAAGAACAUAAUGGAUCAAAACCAUUCAUUUGUACACAUGAAGGUUGUGGCAAAGGUUUUGCAAGAAAGUAUGACUUGAAAGUACAUUUACGAUCACACACCGGUGAGAAACCAUAUACUUGCUCAUUCCCAGGCUGUCACAAAAAGUUUGCUCGUAAUUCAGAUUUAAGAUUACAUGAGAGAAUACAUUCAGGAGAGAAACCAUACGUCUGUGAUUGCGAAGGAUGUACCAAACGGUUCAUUAGACAAGCCGAUUUGAAAAAACAUCAGAAAACGCACAGGGUUCACCAAGGUCAUCAUCCUCAUAAGCAUGGAAUCGGAUGUGGACACACUGCCAUCGCUCACGAAGACCAUGUGGAUUUCCUUCACGAUAGACAUCUGCACUCGAUGCAUCACGAUCAUAUCGACGAUCACAGUAUUGAAAUGACCGAGUUGAAUCCUACUCUGUGCACUCCUCACUUUGUUUGCUCGCAUCAUGCCGACGGAUCGUCACACAGCAGCACUUGUGGCCACGAAAUGAUUCCACACACCCAAGAGGACGGAACGAUACACUAUGAUUUCCUUGUGGACGGACAUCUUCACCAUGUACACGAUGGUCAUUGCGACGAUCAUGGUAUGGUAAAGAUUGUAAACAAUUUCACCGACUGGAUGGACGGAUUGGAAGAUAGAUAG